GACUUGGAGAGUGCUGAUCGUUUCUCCUCUUCAGUGAAAAGAGCCUCAGAGUUACCCAAUGCUGACUGGAGACGUUUGACUUCAGCCACUAAUUCCUCAGAACGUGUUUCAGCUGCAGCAAGCUUAUCGAAGACGGCGUCGACAGAUACAGAGACACCAUUGACUUUCGAGGAAGGUGGAGGUUGUUGUUCCAACUCAUGCGUGAGUGUCUGGAGUUUCGAUUCAAGGUCGUAG